UAAAACUGAAUUCAGAACUCAUCAUCCGUGUAUUUCGUGUGAUGCGAUGUAAACAACACAAUGCGAUGUAAACAACGAGAUUUUACGCUGGGAUUUACAGCAAAGUAAUUUUACAAGUGUAAAAAAUGUCAAGAAAUCUUAUAUUGAACACUUCGAUAGAAUCAAGGAACUUUAUCUCCUUUUGUUUUCCAUCAAAUGAACAGUUAGAAGACAAAACAGAAUUUCAUGAAUGGCUUGAACGAAUGAUUUUUUUAUCUGAGGAUCUUAAGUGGUUACUUUCAAUAACUUCAGAUAAUUUUUGGAAACAGGUUCUGUAUGAUCCAACUUGGAAAAAAUGUUUGGACUCAUUUCUACUAUACGCUCCAAGAAGUUAUGAUUUGCGUAACUUACCAGAAAAGUCUAAAUCAGCAUUCUCUAGCAUCAGCAAAUUGUUUCUCCUUGUUAUUAAAAGAAUGAGCGAAAACUCAAUUGAAAAUUCAGACAAAAAAAUGCAUGGAGAAUUGAUCUAUGAGAAUUUUGUAUUUGAUGCUGCAAAGAUAUUUGACAUAUGCAGUAUAUACUACAAGCCUGCAACCAAUGUAUGCACCUUUUUGGAAGAAAUAAUAAGAGAUGUUUUUCUUAGUCAACCAAAAUAUUACAUUGAUAUAUCAAAUGCAGUUGAAUCUAUGGUAAUGGUGUUACAAAAUAUGGAAGAAAGAUUGUUAAAUAGUAGGCCCAUACCUGGUUCUUCAUUGAAACCUGUGCAUGGUAGAGAAGCUCAAAAUAUUGUUUUGUUUUUGUUUGAUAUGACAAAAACACUGCAUGCUUUUUUAUCUGUAUUUAAAGAAUCAUCCAAAAUAUUUUUCAGUUCCACUUUUUUAGCUUUGUUAAUGUCAAUUUGUGAAAAUACUUUGCCAUCACUUGUGCAGUUGAUUGAAAUUCGUGUUGGAAAAUAUAAGUACAUAAGUAGACAAAUAUUGCAAACAAGCGCUAAAUUUAUACAGCAGACAAUAGAAAAUGGUUUUAUUCAAAGAAGCAAAGAAAAUUUUGAUGGACAGUUGUUUUCUGAAUAUACAGCGAUUAUGGAUUCCAUGACACAAUGUCCAAGGUUUCUUUCUGUGUAUUGUGAUCUAGGGACAAUACAAAAAGAGUUAGAUACUAUUGCAGAUAUUGAUAAUAUUGAUAUUUCAAGUUUACAGUAUAUAAAAGACAUGGUAUGUUCUUCAAUUCAGGAAAACAUGGGAGACAAGGUAUUUCAUCAAUUGAAAGAAAUUCUUCCAACUAAAAGUGAUGCUUACAUAAACAAAUGUAUUGAGACAUGUGGCACUGAUGUGGGAAUAAUAAUGAACAAUGUGAUGGAAGGAAAAAUUCCAAAUUCUGAAGAGGAAAGCAAAAAGAUAAAUCAAAAUAAAAAAAUUAAAACUCCAAAUGCAGAUUUUCCUAAAGUUGACAAAGAUCAUAUUUCACUUAUAAAAACUACAUUUCUUCGAGAAAAUGAAAUUUAUGAUGACGAAUAUGAUGACACUUAUGAUGCACAAAAUAUUGCGGCUCGUGAUUACGAUGAUUAUACAGCUGAGAGUAUAUAUGGAAGAAAGUUUACAAUACCUCGGGUUCUUCGCCAAGCAGGAGAUGUAUCCAGUGAAAGCAGUGAAGAAGAUGUCAAGUACUCCGAAAACAACCAGGAUAAUGCAUCAAAUAAGACUACCUUUACCAAGGUCGCCAAAGAUCAAGUUGCACCAUCUACUGAACAUUUACAACAUCAAGAUGGGAAAAAUAAAAAAAACUUCCAGCCUAAUAGAAACGAUGCGAAAGAUGGCGAUAAAUUUAGAGAGACACAUACCUCUAAUAGAGGUUCUGGCGUUAAAGAAAAUAGCUCCAAAGGAACAUAUAAUAAUCGAGGACGCGGUCGUGGUGCAAACAAACGAAAUCACAGAGCAAUGGCAGAUAGUAAGAGGUCUAAAGGCAUGAUGCCAUUUUAAAAAACAA